AUGGAAUCACCAUCCGACUCUUUGAAAUGGUCGGCUCAACUACAUAUCGCCAGCCCAAACCGCAGGCUUGUCGGCGAUAAAAUCACCUUGCCACAAUCAGCCUUGGAAGCCCUCCUGGCCGCAGCACCUGUGGUGUCGGUCUCCAACCAUCCUUCAAGGAGUGCCACACCUUCCUUUGACCCCUUCAACCACUAUUCAUUUGCUGCGGAGCGUCAAGCCCGCUUGGCUUUCGAAGAUCGCCAGCAACAAUUGCCUCAUCCUCUCACGUUCCGAAUAGUGAAUCCUCGAAAUGGAAGAUCUGUCUAUGCUGGAAUUCGAGAAUUCUCGGCUGAAGAGAACAGCGUAGGUUUAAGUGGGCCUCUACGAGAAGCCCUUGGCCUACAAUCGAAUCCUCCAUCGUCUCGUGGCAGUAGAGAUGGAACACCUAGCGCUGAUGUCGUUAUGGGAAAUAGAGUCGAAUCUGAAAAACGCGACACUGUUACAGUACAUGCGAAACAGCUACCAAAAGGGACAUAUGUCAAAUUAAGGCCCCUUGAGGCUGGAUAUGAUCCGGAGGAUUGGAAAUCUCUCCUUGAACGCUAUCUGCGGGACAACUUCACUACUCUGACAAGCGGUGAAUUACUCCUUGUUCCUGGUCCUCAACAUGAGCAAUUUCGUUUCUUGGUCGAUACAUUUCAACCGGAGGGAGACGGGAUUUGCAUUGUGGACACUGAUUUAGAGGUGGACAUUGAACCCCUCAGUGAAGACCAGGCUCGCGAGACUUUGAAGAAGAGAGUUGAAAAGAACAAACGAGCGAGGGAUCCGGUUGGAGGUAAUUCCGCUGGGGGUUUACUUCAGCUAGGUGAACACAAGGCUGGUCAAGUACUACCUGGUGACUUUGUUGACUACCAACUCAAGGCGUGGAAUCGAGACGAGGAUUUGGAAGUAGUCCUAACGGCUGGUGAGGAGAAUGGCUCGCUAAAUCUACUCGUCACCCCAUUUUCUUCUCGGCAACGGUCUAAGCCUCGUAACAAUGAGUUCGUGUAUGGCGAUUUAUCAGGCAGUUGGACAAAGCGACUAAAACUGUCCCACACAAGUGUCGACCUCGAAGAAGCGGAAUCUCUGAAUAUUGCAGUCCAGGCAUGGAAGCCAACAGAUACAGGUCUACCCUCUGCAGAGCAACCUCUGUCCUACACAAUUAUCGCUGUUGUGGCGACGGCGGAAGAAGGUAAUCCGACAGAAUCAAAAGCGGAACCAGAUGUAGACGAGGUUGUCUGCAAGAAUUGCCAUCAGGCUGUGCCGAACCGGACACUCCAUCUUCAUGAAGCCUUCUGCUAUCGCAACAAUGUUCUCUGCCCGAAAUGCUCUGGCGUAUUCCUUAAGUCCUCUGAGGCGUGGAAUCACCACUGGCACUGCCCACACGACGCAGAACACGGGAAUGAUUCGGUAUCCCAUCUAAAGCAUGAAUCCAUAUUUCAUCCGCCAGAACCAUUGCGAUGCCCGGGCUGUGAUUUUGAGGCAUAUGAUGUGCCGAUCCUGGCUCAUCACAGAACUACUGACUGUGCUGGAAAGGAGAUACUUUGCCAGUUCUGUCAUUUAGUUGUACCUCAACAAGGUCCUGACGAUCCAUCAUUCAGUGAUCCCGAGGUUCUACUAUCAGGGCUCACUCCGCACGAGUUGGCUGAUGGAGCCAGGACGACGGAAUGUCAUCUGUGCAGCAAGAUUGUUCGACUACGAGACAUGAAGACACAUCUUUUGUUCCAUGACCGGGAAAGAUUUUCCAGACCGAGGCCCAAGAUCUGCAGCAAUACACUAUGCGGGCGGACGAUCAAGUAUGAUGAUGCGGUCAGGGUAGAUAAGGAGCAGUUGGGCCUGUGCAAUGAAUGUUUUGGCCCCCUGUACGUCACUUCCUAUGAUCCAGAGGGGAAGAUGCUUAGAAGGAGAACUGAGAGAAGGCUUUUGCAACAAUUGAUCGGAGGCUGUGACAAGUCUUGGUGCCGCAAUGAACGAUUAUGUAAAACCGGGCGCAAAGUGGUCACAGGGCAAGACCGAGUACUCUCGGCCAAAGACGGACUGCCAAUGCUCAAGCCCAUCAUGGAUCAACUAGCCCAGGGAAAUACCUCGGAGUUGGUGUUCUGCGUGGACGAGGCUAGUCAAGCAAGAAGAGCCAUAGCUACCAUGAUGACGGGCGAAGGCGAGUAUGAGCUUGAAUGGUGUCUCAAAGCUUUAGAGGAAGAGAAAGGCGAUGUUGGGGCUGCCAGAGAUUGGCUCAAGGGUCGAGCACCUAAGAUCGAUGAGCUUCUCAGUUGA